AUGGGCAAGAGCACAACAGACCAGCCCGAUGCUGGCCUGAGGAGUUGGAACCAUUACUCGUCCCGACUGCCGCUCUGGCGCUACUGGCCGCGACAACAGCUCAUCCCAUUGAUUCGAUAUGAAACACCCUACCUCGCCUGGGUGCAGGAGAAAGUCCGCACCCCGGCCCUCGAUUCCUACUUCGCAUUCACCGCCAACCUCGGCACCCAUACCUUCUUCAUGGUCUUCUUGCCGUUCCUGUUCUGGUGCGGCUCGCCCAGCAUGGGCCGUGGAUUGGUUCACAUCUUGGCGUCGGGCGUCUUCUGGAGUGGUUUCUUGAAGGACCUGCUGUGUCUGCCUCGCCCACUGUCUCCGCCCCUGCAGCGCAUCACCAUGUCCGGAUCGGCGGCGUUGGAGUAUGGCUUCCCGUCAACACACUCCACAAAUGCGGUCUCGGUAGCAGUGUACGCCCUGGGUUUGCUCGGCUCGCCUGAAUCGACCCUCAGCGCGCAAGUCACCCUUCUUCUCCAGACUGUCACCUACAUCUAUGUGGUGUCGAUCGUUCUCGGGCGACUGUACUGCGGAAUGCACGGCAUGUUGGAUUGUACGGUUGGCUGCGCCAUGGGCGCGGCCAUUGGUCUCGUCCAGUUCCAUUACGGACCCGCCUUUGAGGAGUUUAUCGUUUCUGCUUCCCUCAAGGAUAUCUCCUUGCUGGCAAUCUUGAUCAUAUCCCUCGUGCGCGUACACCCCGAGCCGGCGGAUGAUUGUCCAUGCUUCGAUGACAGCGUUGCCUUUGCCGGUGUCAUGCUCGGAGUUGAUGUCUCUUCGUGGCAUUUCGCCGAGAUUUGGGAAGGGUACCCUGCCGGUUCUAUCCCCUACGAUCUGGAGGCGAUCGGAUGGGUGAAGACUGCCACCCGCCUGGUUCUGGGCGUUUUGUGUAUCUUUGCCUGGAGAACCGUGAUGAAACCCGCUCUCCUGCGCAUCCUCCCGCCCAUCUUCCGGACAUUGGAGAAGCUUGGUCUUCUUCCCCCCCGCCGUUUCUUCACCACUGCUUCGGAGUACACCACUGUUCCGUCUAACUUGAAGGACCACGACGUCCUCCCUAACUUUUCUGACAUUCCUAACAUUAUGGCUACAAUGCGCCAUCCUCGUCGUCGAGCCAUUUCCGUCGGCCCGCAGUCGGAAGCAGAUGCAUAUGAGACUCUAGCAUAUCGAGAAAAACGCCGACGUGAGAGUCAAUCUGGGGGAAAUCGCUCUUCGCCAGUGGCGGAGGGCGAGCACAAGCCAAACGGGACACCUGUGUUGUCUCGAAAGACCACCACACUCGGUGAUUACGAAGGCAUGAUGGGACGAGGGAGUCCCAGCUCAUCCGCCGUCGAUGUGAGCCCGAACGAGCAUUUGACACCAUUCCCUGCACUCGAAUCCGACUCCGAUGCCGGCAAGUGGGAUGAAAAAGAGGUCUUCUCGCAGAUCAAAAAGCCCCGUGUGAGGUAUGAUGUCGAAGUUGUGACCAAGUUGGUUGUCUAUGCAGGCAUUCCGUGGAUUGUGAUUGAAGUCGCACCCCUAUUGUUUGACCUCGUUGGUCUUGGAGUCCCUGGAGCUUGA